AUGACCUUCGAUGCUGAAGAUAUAGAGGAAGACAUGGAAGAUCACAAUGAUACCUUGGUUCUCACUCUACCAGUGGCUGGGUGCAACAUCAGGAAGAUCCUCAUAGACGGAGGAAGUUCGGUUAAUGUUCUGUUCCAUGACACAUUCAAGCGGAUGAAGUUAAACGACGAGCAACUCAUGUCCACUUAUUACACCAUCUACGGAUUCAAUGGGGGCACCAACGAAGACCUUAGGGGAUACGUUUUGCAAGUAGAUGCAGGACCAAUGAAGGUUGAUACUCGAUUCAGCGUAGUGGACGCUCCUUCCUCCUACAACGCUAUCAUCGGUCAAAAAUGGGUGCAUAAGCUCAAAGGAGUAGCAACGACCUAUCAUCAAUACCUUAGAUUUCCAACACCCGAAGGGGUAAUGGAAAUAAAGGGAGAUCAGGUUACCCCCCGAGAAUGUCAAGCUUUGCAAAACCAAAUCAACAAUGAACAAGAGGAACAACGGAAGUUCCGAAGAAAUAAGGCAGCUGACAAGGAAAAAGCAAUUGACCUUUAUCUCGAAGAAAUCUCAAGAAAAAGCCUGGCAAAGGAAAGUAUUGUUCUGAAUACCGAAGAAGGCACAUCCGCAGCUAAGGGGGCUGAAGAGCCUACCAAAUAG